AUGGUGGGGCAGCCAGCUAGGGCCAUGGUGAGCUCCAACUCGUCCUUGAGGAUUUCUACUACCCUCCUCACUCCUUGCUCCCCUUUUGCCGCCAGGCCAAAGACCACCGGCCUCCCAACCUGGUGGACCGUGCAUACACACAGAUAGCGGUCAAUUAUCAGCUGCUAUGAACAACGAUGCCUAUAAAUAUAUAAACUCAUCUAGGCAUAUUUCUCUGAGAAAGUCAACGAUGAUGUGUGGGUCAGUAGCUGUGCCAUAUAGAAGAGGGGAGAUGGGUGGUUUAAUCUUGGAGAUGAUUUCAAGGACGCAUGACAAAAGAGAAAAAGGGCUCACCAUUACCGCUUUGGCACCGAGGGCCAAGGCCUUGAAGACAUCUGUUCCUCGUCGGAUGCCUCCGUCAAAAAGAACAGGAACCGAUCCUGCAACAGCCUCCACCACCUGCCAAGAUUUGACGAUGUUCGCAUGCGCCCCGCAUAAUUUGUGA